AGAAUUUUUUUUCUUUCAUUUAGUUGUUUUUGCGCGACCGAGGAAAUCUAACACGUUCAUAUUACUCCACACAUAAAUUGCUACAAAAAAAAAUCGAAAAUAAUAUAAAAAAUCUUAAGAAAUAGUAUUUAAAAUAUUUUGCUUUAACCAAAUCAAUUAAUGUGCCUAAAGAAAUGUAAAAAAUAACAAAGAAAAUAAGUGAUUUUUCCAUUCGUAAUACAAGAAAAGAAAUAUGAAGUGAAAGCAGAAAUGCCAACAAGAGUGAGAGAGUAAAAAAAAGUGCCAAAAAGUGUAUGAGAAAAAAAUUUGCAAUGAGCUGAAAGAAAAAAAAAAUAAUUGCAAAAAUAAAAAUAUUUAAUUAGUAAAUGUUGUCGGUUUAAUAGAGUGUGCAAAGUUUAUAGUUUUUUUCUUGAAAUAAAAUGCGUUUAAAUUUACAUUUGACUCAUUGGAGUUUGCUGUUUAUAACAUUAAUUUCGAGUUGCUUCCUGUUUUAUGUUGUUGCCUCCGAGAAUGCAAAAUAUGUAACAAAACACCUAAAUGACGCCUCCGGGCCGUCCAAUAUCCACAAUCCUACCCCUCUAAAUUUGGAAACGUCAUCAGCAGAAGCCUCUGCAAAAACGUCAAUAUAUGAAGAAACCGGCCAGCAAAAUGCAGCAGGUGUUGAAAUAAAACAUGAUAAAAAUUCUCUAAAUGUGGACAAAAAUGAUAAAAUUUUACCCAAUUAUAAAAAGGUGAAAAAAUUAAUAUUAGAACAACAAACCACCACAUUAAAACGUGAUAACAUUGAUAUCCCUAUAACUUCUGAACCCUCACCGGUAGAAGUAAACAUAGUAUCUUCACCAGCUGAAGAAAAUAGUUUUAAACAUUCGGAAACAAAUGAUGAUGAAAUAAACAAAAAGUCUAGUGAUAGUGUUUUAAAUGAUGAUGACGAUGUUAAUAAUAAUAAUGAUAAUAGUAAUAGUGUAGAAAAUAAAAAUCUAUUCAAUACAAUUGAUAUAGAUUCCGUAAAUGUUAAAGCAAAUAAUGAAAUUCAUUCAUCAAUUGAGGAGCCAAUUGAACAAAAUUCACCACAACAAGUGCCUGACGUGGAAGAGACAGCUGAAAGGGGUACAAUAAUACAGCAACACGUACAAGAUGACAAUGCUGAUAUGGCAAAUGGCGAUAACAUGCUGACGAUUGCUAUACUAAGCUGUGAUACUAUAAAAAUAACAUUUUUUAAUUACUUGGCAAAUUAUAAUAGCAGUGAUUUUAUAGUUAAAUAUUUGUUAUUUGUUUAGAAAUUAAACAGAAAU